AUUCUACUCUAUUUUUGUAUAGCAUCCAGUAUCAGCAACAAUGCAAGCAGACGAGACCCAAGCGAUAAACCAGCUUCAGUCUGAACAGUCCCGGCUUCUGGACAAGAUCGACGAGCUGCGUACGAUUGGGGUAGGGGGGCUCGUGGAACUACCCCAGCUGGUCGUCGUCGGAGCCCAGAGUUCAGGAAAGUCCUCUGUUCUCGAAGCUGUGUCGCGCGUGAGCUUCCCAACCAAGAGCAAUGUGUGCACGCGGUUCGCCACGGAGGUUGUUCUUCGCAGGAGCUCAACGGUCAGGUUGAAAGUGUUGAUCGAACCCGGAGCCUCGAGGACGGACGCAGAAGAGCGGCAGAGGAUUCGCGAUUUCACGCCGGACUCGUUCUCGAACACGGGUGACUUGCCGGAUCUUAUAGAACAGGCGAAGACGCGGAUGGGCAUCACGGACAGCAUGCAUGGUUUCAGUGACGACGUUUUAAAGGUCGAGAUCUCCGGGCCUGAUAAACCGGAGCUGACGCUGGUGGACCUUCCUGGGUUGUAUAUUUCGGAGAGCGAAGAACAAGGCGCCGAGGGGAUCAGGAUCGUGCGUGAGUUGACCGAACGGUACAUGGAAAAUAACAGAAGCAUCAUUCUCGCGGUCAUCAGCGCAAAGGUCGACUACCAUUUACAGAAUGUGUUGAACAUAGCCAAGCAGUUUGACCCGAAGCGUGAGCGGACCAUGGGGAUCAUCACGCAGCCCGACCGUCUCGAGAGGGACUCAGAAGAGGAAGAGAACUACAUCCGAUACGUUCGCAACGAGAAGGUCCCUUUGAACCUGGGGUGGCACGCUUUGAAGAACCGUUCGUACGAGGACAGAAUGGCAUCGCACGAUGUACGAGACGAGCAGGAAAGGACCUUCUUCAACCAGGGACGCUGGGCCAGUUUGUCCCGCGAGUUUGUGGGCGUGGAUAGCCUCCGACGUCGUCUGAGUAACGUCCUCCUGAAGCAUGUGCGGCGGAAUUUGCCCGGCUUGAUUGCAGACAUCCAGCGACAGAUCGAGGUGCGACAGAAACACUUGGAGCGACUGGGACCUGCAAGAAGCAGCGCACAAGAGCAACGGGGGUACCUCCUGGCGAUCUGCAGUAGUUUCGAGCGAAUUGUUGGCCAGGCUCUCAACGGCGGGUAUGCAGGUGAUUUCUUCGGGGGGUUCAACGGCCUGGGGAAUGACCCGAACAACUCCCAAGACUUCCGGCGUCUCCGUGCUAUCGUUCGAGAGUUGAACGAGUGCUUUGCCGAAGCCAUGGAAAUGCGUGGACAUCGCCGAUGUAUCGUGGGAACCACGCACGACGCGCCGACUGCUGAUAGCAAAGUCCUCUCACAGCCCUACAUGGAAGGUUGGACACCAAUCAAGAUUUCCCGAACAAAGAUGGAAUCAGAAGUCAGCGAUCAGGCCAAAAAGGACCGAGGGAUUGAAAUGCCUGGGAGUGCUAACCAUCUCCUGGUGGGAAGCCUGUUUCGUGAUCAGUCGCAGCCUUGGGAGAUGCUCGCACGCCAACAUCUCCUGCAAUGCUGGGAGUCGGUGAGGUACUUCGUGGGGUUGAUCCUCCAACAUCUGACCGACGAACACACCCAUUCGCUACUUUACGGAACCCAUUUUUCGCCUGAGUUGGAAAAAAUGAAAGCUCAUUUGAUGGAGAAGCUCAAUGAACUCACCUCCCAUACAAAGCGAGGUCAUCCGCUCCCCGUCGGUCCAAGCUUUCUCGCUAGAAUACAGAGAUCUCGCGCGAAGCGUCAACUUUCCUCGCUGAAAAGUGGUCUCGGUCUGAAUCUGAAGACGGGCGACGACAAGCUCACCAUCCAUGAUCUCACGCGUGCUUUUUCUACCAUGGAUCUCUCCAGAGAUCAAUUUGCAGCGGCGGAUAUCAUCGAUCAGAUGCAAGCAUACUAUGAUACUGCGAUCAUCACGUUUGUGGACAACAUUGCAACGUUAGCUGUCGAAAACUGUCUUCUUGUCCCGUUGGAGCGGAUCUUCACCAAUCAGACGGUGAAUAUGAUGGAUGAAAAUCAGCUGGAAGACCUCGCGGCCGAGCCACCGUUUGUCCGUGAAGACCGAUGUCGUCUGACGGACGAGUUAGGCAAGCUACAGGCUGGGCUGCAGACUUUCAGCGUAUUGGGGACUGAGCCCCGGUCAAUGUCGCGGCCUCCUGCGUUUCCAUCGCGACCUCCAAACUCCCCACCCGCUUCCAAGCCUGAGUUCACAUUUUCAAUGGCCCACGAAGAAAACAAUCAUCCAUGUAAGCGCGCCCGACAUGGUUGAAUGCAGAAGUCUGACUGAUCUGCUUGACUCAGCCACUAAUGGCACCCCCGAACCGUCGAGCAUCAUGCACCCUCAUUCCUCCGGUGCAAAGGAUAGUAGAGUUGACAAGUCCCCCCCCCGUGUUUCCGGCGCAGAAGGGAAAGGCAGCAACACUACCGCCCUAUUCGGCCAACCGGGCUGGGGAAAUUCUGGGACAUGGCACACCGCAAACGAUACUAGUGGUGGCGGACAGUCCAACGUCACUAAUGGAAGUCUG